AUGAUUCAAGAGAAAUUAUGCAGAUCUGCUAACUUCAGAAAAACUUGUGAAGGACAAGAAAAUUGUGAGUUACUCCAAUCUGUUGAUUCAGAAGAACCAGCAGGCAGUUUAAGGAACGAUGAAAAUUUUGAUCACUACAUACUACUUCAACCCGAAAGAGUAAGUACAGGGGCUUUCAGAAUAUGUUAAUUUACAAGGGUAUCGAUCCUCAAGCUGCUAUCGAUCCUCUGGCCGGAAACGAACCUGCGGCCCUGCGAUCCGGUUAGGUCUAAAAUUGUAUAACAACUAUAAAAUAGUGUACGUUGUAUUCAUAUAAACAUCUGUCGAGUCCAUUUGCAGGGGUGUAACUAGCCCCUUUUAAUUCGGGGGUGUCUGCCAGAAUUGCCCUGCCAAAACCGAUGAUGCCCUGCAGCAAAUUUUUAUUUCUGCUCACUAUUUUUCCCACAAAGUUGAAAAAAAAUUUUCCGGACAUUUAAAAAAAGGGUAAAAAAAAUUUUCUGGACUUAAAGCAGUUAAAUUAAGGGUCAAAAAAUUUCUUCCGUACAAAUUCCUGUUAAAACAUGGGUGAAACGCUUAUUUUUGGACCAAUAUCUGUAAAAUUUAGGUCAAUAAAUUCUAUUCAAUUUCCUCUGAAAGCGCUGUAAGUUAUUCCAUAACUCUACAUUCCAUUAUUUAAAAUCUUUGAUUGCCGUGCCAAUCCAGAUGAUUCGCCCCGCCAAUCCAGAUGUUUCGCCCCCUUUACAUUUGCAUAAUUAUAGAUUUGCUCCAAAUUACAGCAAUUUGCACCUAAUUGCUUACCAUUUUAUCAUAUGUCAUUACAGGUAAUAACAUGGCAUACACAUGGCGAUUAAACCUGCCGCAAACGAGAGAAACUUUCUGAGCUAACCUCUUCGCGUGGAAGCUAGCUCAGCUAUGCAUUUUCACCGCACACGUUGAGAACACCACUCAACCACAACAUAAUUGACAAAAUCGUUUGCAUUUGACUAUUGUUUCUCAUUGGCUAAUUGACUCAAGCAGCUCAGCACUUAGCUCGCAUCAUCCGCAGAUAGAGUGCAUGACCGGAUUGUGAGGGGAGGUGCGCAUUGUUUUGUACCUCCACUGAAAAGUCAUGCACCUUCCCUUGGGAAAGGUUAAAAUAAGUUGAAAAAAUGUUGCGUAGGGUCUGCACUUUAUGAGAAAAUUUUCCGGUAAAAUUAACACAGUGAAAACCAUUCAUCUCUACUUUUUAUGCAAUAUUUCGAAAGAAACCUUGAAGUUAUGUGAUAUCAUUAAGAUCAAAAUUGGAUGAGUUGUACGGUCAUAUUUCAGAAAUACACUGAUGCAUCUGUACGGUACAUGCGCCACGCAACAUACUUUACGUAGGUGACUUUUGGUGGGGGUGGGGGGCGUUUCCAUGGAGACUUGAACUAAACCGCUGCACUUCUCAUAGAGCUUUUCAAGAUCCUCUACCAUUUCCACCAAAAUCUGGCCACGAUAGAUUGCAUGCAGGAGAGCUUACCUGUAUCGGGGAGGCUUUUUAGAAUAUACGGGAAAAAUAUUUACAAAGUUCGAAACAUUUCUCAUUUUUAAAAUUACCACCAAUCUCCUAAAAAGAUAGUUGACACGUAGUUGACUUUAGGGGGGGGGGAAGGGCUGGAACGUUAUAAGUGAUUAGUGAUUGUAACGCUGCACUUCCCCUAAAGCUUUUCCACCUCUUCCACCAUUUCCACAAAAAUUCGAUCACGGCAGAAUGUAUGAAGGAGAGCUUACUUGAGUGGGAGAAGCUUAUUAGAAAUUACGGUAAAUGUUUUUAAAGUUCGAAAAAUUUUCCAUAUUUAGAAACCGCCAAUUUCCUGCAAAGAUAUUCUGACAAAGUCAGCAGGGGCUACAAGUGGACUGUACAAAAUCUCUGUUGACAACAAAAUGGUGACAGUUUACUGUGAAAUGGUUCUGCAUGGCGGAGGCUUCACCUUUAUCCCUAAGUCGGCUGUCAAGAAUGGAACACUACCCAAUCUUGUAUCACAACUUUUCACAAACUAUUAUGAAGUUCUUCUGUACAUUCAAAAGAAAGAUGGAAGUCAGACCUACACCCACAUCCAACAACAGGAAGAGCAAUCGCAAAAGCCUUUAGUAGUCUUGCAGAAUACAAACUCAGGUUAGUUUGUGUAAAUAUGAUUAUGAAAGCUAUAUUGCUAAUGAUAUUAGUUGGUGCCUACGACCGAUUUGGGAAUGAAAAAGGGUUGCUAUAGGGGUGUGCAAAAAGGGAAGUCCUUCGUGAUGGUCGUUGUUGUGGCAGUAUACGUUUGGUUGUUUACAUAAUACGAAAUUAUAACAAACACUUUACCUGCAUGGGUAAAGCAAAUUAUUGGUUUCCCAUUAGUUACAUUACAUGUGUCCACUUUUUGGUAUAAGGAGUGGUGAUGGUGCUUGCGUAUACUAAGGACGCUCGGCUUAGUAAUCUUAUUUUCUUUAUUAGGGCCUGAUAUAACUUAUAGCAACCCUGAUAAUUCGUUCAUGUUAGACUAUCUUUAUCUGAGAACAUCAAGUUUCUCUGGCGGAUUCCUAUCCAACAAUGUGAAAGUGAAAUAUAAACCCGGCAUUCCCCUGAGUUACUUUGCGUUCUUUCCCAACCAUCGUGAACAGAAGCCGAGUACGUAUCACAACAGUAAUCUGGUGUACGAAACACGAGGGGUUGCCGUAGAUUGGAGGAACACUGGAAUUAUGGUUUUAACAGAAAGAAUACCUAGUAAUUUCUUUUACCUAACUGAGGUGCAUUACGGUGGAGGUGGUUGUUAUACAUCCAGUGAUCGUUGGCUUGUGGCAAAUGGAACAGCAAUUGGACUACGAUAA